GUACAGGGAACUAACAUUUUGUUCAUACGAAGCAAUUUUUUCAUUCUAAAAAAGCUCUUGUGUGUUUAAAUUUCACUAUUCGCCAUGAAAACUUCAGCACUAUUAUUAGUUGCUUUUGGAAUCUUUGCUUUUACCGAAUUAUCCACUGCCUCAUUAGAUAAAUGGUUUGAAGAGUGUGUUAAAUCCUAUGGUCAUACUGAAGAAAGUGUUUCAAAACUUCCCGACUUAGAAAAAUCUUGUGUGAUACACAUCUGUUUCAUGAGAGAUGUUGGACUUAUCAACGAAGACAACAGUUUAAACGUGAACUAUCUACUCGAACGAAGAAAGUCUCACGUUCCUGAGUCCAAAAUAUACGAUGCUGUUAGAACUUGCAAUGCUGAGUCAAUUGACACUCUUGCAAAAACAUGUGAAGCAGUUAAGUGUUUGAUGGAUUUGUUACACGAAUCGGACUUCAACACCCAACCUAACGUCACUGAUUAAGGUCAUGAGCAUUCUUUCAACAUAUGGAUUAUAUACAUUGAUGACAGCGAAAUGAUAAGCUGAAAGUAAAGUGCAAUUAAAAAAUAAAACAACCUAUGUUAUACCAGGACAUUAGACAUUGUUUUUAGUCGGCUAGAGAAUUCUCUUGAAAUAAAGGAAAGAGAAAAAUAAAUUUAAUCAAU